AAUUAAGCAUGGAAACAACGAAAAUAUGUGCAACUUGUCAAUUAUGUAGUACGAGGGGUGAUCUAGAAGUAAUGAGAAUUUUCACCUAACAGUUUCACGAAGCGAGCGCAUAUUACGAAAUAUUUGACAUGUGUUUAAAAUAACACGCUUCAGAAAAAAAACAGCCAGCUUUAAAUUUAGUCACGGUAUAUCUGGACCAUAAGCAUUUGAUUUCCAGAAUCUCUAUGAUUAUAGUUUGGUCAUCCAAGGCUCUAGAGGGAGCGUUAAUGGUAGUUAUGUUGCUUUGAUAUUACCGAAAUUAUAGGGGUGAUUUUCAUCAGUGGCAGACAACCACAAAGCCAGAUAGACAAACAAACAAACAAUGGGCCAUGGCAAUGGCAGAGGAGAGGCUGGAGGUCGAGGUCAAGGUCAAGGUCAAGGUCGAGGUCGAGGAGACACUGGAGCGAUGGCUGGAGUAAUUUGUUUUAUUAUCGUGGUUGCUCUCCUUGUAUUGGCCUUUAUUGGACUUUGCAUUGCCAAAGCAGUCAUGGGAAAAGAGUACUUUAACGACUGUCCUAAGCAGUACCUGAUUCCGGUUUAUCUGAUUGUGUCGGGAAGUGUGCCGUUACUUAUGGGAGGUCUAUUAAAACGGGACGAUGGCGAAAUAAACGUGUUUAAUAUAAUUGGGGCAAUUGGAUUUCUGUUUCAAUUCGCCUGGCUCAUAUGUGGAAGUGUAUGGGUAUUCGGAAUUUACUCCGAUGUAAUGGAUGGUUGCGGAGGUGCUAAAGACUGUUGCAAUCCGUCCCUAAUGAAGUUUGCAUUUGCGGUGACGAUUGUUGACUGGGUAUUUCUAGGUCUGAUCGUCGUGGUUGUUUGUUUCCUUUUUGGAGUCAUAAUGUGUUGCGUCAGCGAUGAAGAAGAAGAAAGUACAGGGACAGAGUUAAAGGAAUGAUAAAUACACUAGCCUCAUAUAAUCUAAUAUUGCAUAUCAUACAUGUAUUUAUAACAGCAGAGAUAGACAAUAACAUCAAUGAAAUAAUAGCAAUAAGGUCAGGCUACAAGUUCUGCCAACAUUAGUAAACGGCCCUUCCCUUGAAAUUUAACUAUUACAUAAAAUUAAUUACAUUUACGAAAUAAACAAAUAUAUAUUUUAACAUGUGUUACGAAUAAGUCUCACAUGAUCGCAAUAUGAAAUAAAAAUUGAGCCGCGCAAUGAGAAAAUCAACAUAGUGGCUUUGCGACUAGCAUGCAUCCAUGCUGUUCGCUUUCAAAGCCUCUUGCAAUUAGAGAAACCGUUAGCGAACAGCAUGGAUCCAGACCAGCCUGCGCAACUGGUCUGGAUCCAUGCUGGUCGCAAAGCCACUAUGUUGAUUUUCUCAUGGCACGGCUCAAAUGUACGCUACCUCUAACGAAGGUGAACGAAAAAGUUCACAGUCUGACACUAAUGAUCAAUUAGUAAAUAUUUUGAGAGUUAUCGUUCUUUGUGUUCAUUUGAAAAAAGAAAGAAUAUGUUUCUGAAACGUUUAGCUGCCAAAAACUUUAAAUGUGCAUAAUACGACAUCAUAAUAAUUGAGCCGCACCUUGAGAAAACCAACAUAGUGCGUUUGUGACCAGCAUGGAUCCAGACCAGCCUGCGCAUCCCCGCAGUCUGGUCAGGAACCAUGCUGUUCGAUAACAGUUUCUCAAAUUUCAGUAAACUUUGAAAGCGAACAGCAUGGAUCCUGACCAGACUGCGCGGAUGUCACGGUAGGCUGGUCUGGACCCUUGCUGGUCGCAAAGCCACUAUGUUGGUUUUCUCAUGGCGCGGCUCAUUAUUUCAUCGGGAUUGAGAAGGAAAUCAAAUCUUUCUUCUGGGAUUAUCAAUUUUUUCCCCACUAUUGAACACAUAUUAAUAACGUGAUGACUGUUAUGAUAUUAAAAAUAUAUGGUACAUUUAUGUAUCAAAAAGUUAUGAGAUUAUAGAGGCUGCGACUUGGUUUAAACAAUAUUUAUUUCGUAACAAUAUAUAGGUAAAUACGUACAACUAAACUACAUAUAAGUAAAAUAUACAUUGAUUUUAAAACAAAGUUUACGCAGUAUAUGCGUUUGUUUCCUUCGUGUAUGUAAAGUUUAACGGCAUUGAUCUGAAAUUGUAUGUGUGUGUAUUUAUUUAUGAGGUGACUUCUUCUUCGUCGUACUCAAUGACUACACAGCUAUGAGGUGAAUAUGAGAGUUACGAAAAGAGUAAGAUAAAAAAUGAACGAAGCCAAGAAGGAAAAAUUGCUGCAAUCAAUAGUCACCCUUACGGUGGCAUAUAGGUGACAUGCACUACCCUUCUUGUAAUUUGUAGAUUUUUUUUAAAGUAAGCCCGCAUACAUUUUUUUUCUGCGACAAUAAAGCGAUCGGUCUCCCUCCGCCAUCAAACCUGGAAAGUCGCCAUAUGACCUAUAAUUGUGUCGGUGCGACGUUAAAUCCAACAAACAUAAAAUUAAAAAUAUUAUUAAAGUGGUCUACUACUGCAAACGGGUGUAUGCGUUGUGCAUUUUAAACUUUGAAUUACUCCUGCGACUGUUUUAUGUAUAAUGUGCAUUUUAUAUUGAUAAUAUAUGUGCUUAUUUACAUUGUUAAAUGUGAUUUUUAUAUGUUAACUUUUGUUAAGUCGGCCAAUAGCUAUUUAUAGCCAAUGUUGUAAUUGCUUACACACGACUAUACAUAAAAAUUAUAUCUUA